CACUUCAGUCAGUCUGAUCAGUCAAGUUCCGUUCGUCAGUUCGUUCAGUCAGUUUACGUGAAAUUGUGAGACCGUAUGAUCGCAGCUGCAUAGAUUGAAUUUUGUGUUGUAUAAUAAUUAGCGGUUUCGUAAAGAAUUCUGAGUGAAAAUGGGCGAUAUUGAAGCCGGUCUGAAUACUAAUGUAUUCGUCUUGAUAGCAGCAACAGUAAUUUCAUGUGUAAUACUACACUUUUUAAUCAAGACCAUCUUCGGAAGCAAGAAAAAGGAAGCACUCGAACAUGAAGCAGAGAGCAAUCAAAAUGCUCCCAACGAAGAGGCUGCUUCAGAAACGGCUGUGACCGAAAGCCGUGCUAGUGGGAAGAGUAAAAAACGCGCACCAUGGAAAGGAAAAACGGAAUACAGCCACCAAUGGCUGCUGAAGAAUCUCAAGGGACACCCAGGCACCGUGCUCCUGGUCGACUUUUCUCCAAACGGCAAAUUCAUGGCGGCCACCUGUGAUGAUGGUUCAGUGAUCCUCUGGGACGUCCGGGACUUGAACCAGAAGGAGCAUAAGACCCUGCGAGUGAAUAUCAACUUCGAUCACGCGUCGCACGUGGCUUGGAGUCCUGACUCCAAGGCGUUCAUCGUGCACACCGUCCGGGAGAACCACAUCGUGGUCUACAAGAUAGAGAAGAAAAAGGACGGCACUAUUGGAUCUGCUGCGCCUGUCAUUACCUUUGAUAAGGUGCACGAAGAUGAUGUCAUCGGCUUCGGUAUAUCCAGCAACGGCAAGUUCAUGAUGUCCUGCUCCUCAAAGACUGACAUGGUCAUCUGGGACCUCAAGGGCCAGCAACUGGACCGAUUAGACACCUAUCUGAUGAGCACCAACUCUGCGAAGAUAUCCCCUUGUGGGCGCUUCGUCGUCGCCUCGGGAUUUUCGCCAGAUAUUAAAGUGAUGGAGGUGGUUUUCUCAAAGAAUGGAGAGUUCAAACAAGUGACCAAAGCCUUCGAGCUGACUGGACACAGCUCGGGCAUCUACGACGUAGCCUUCGAUGUAGACACGUCGCAUAUAGCCACUAUAUCGAAGGACGGCACGUGGAAGCUAUAUCACACAAAGAGUGAGUACUUAUUCUAUUUGGUCCUAGAGACUGCCAACCCUCCGAAGAUCGUGCUGUCUCCCAAUGCAGAAUUGUUGGCGGUGUCCGUCGACUCAUCCAUCGAGUUCUACGACACGUACACUGGGAAGCUGUACGAUACUGUCGAUAACGUUUAUUCAGAAUCGUUCGUGAAGAAUGCCAACCCUCCGAAUAUCGCGCUGUCUCCCAACGCAGAAGUGUUGGCAGUGUCUGUCGACUCAUCCAUCGAGUUCUACGACACGUACACUGGGAAGCUGUACGACACUGUCGAUAACGUUUAUUCAGAAGUGUUGGCGGUGUCCGUCGACUCAUCCAUCGAGUUCUACGACACAUACACUGGGAAGCUGUACGAUACUGUCGAUAACGUUUAUUCAGAGACAGCAAACCCUCCGAAGAUCGUGCUGUCUCCCAAUGCAGAAUUGUUGGCGGUGGCCGUCGACUCAUCCAUCGAGUUCUACGACACGUAUACUGGAAAGCUGUACGAUACUGUCAAUAACGUUUAUUCAGAAUCGUUCGUGAAGACUGCCAACCCUCCGAAGAUCGCGCUGUCUCACAACGCAGAAGUGUUGGCGGUGUCCGUCGACUCAUCCAUCGAGUUCUACGACACAUACACUGGGAAGCUGUACGAUACUGUCGAUAACGUUUAUUCAGAAUCGUUCGUGAAGACUGCCAACCCUCCGAAGAUCGCGCUGUCUCCCAACGCAGAAGUGUUGGCGGUGUCCGUCGACUCAUCCAUCGAGUUCUACGACACAUACACUGGGAAGCUGUACGAUACUGUCGAUAACGUUUAUUCAGGAUUAGUCAACUACAUGAAAUUCGACGCGAGCGGAAAAUAUCUGUUCGUGUGCGGCGACAAAGCAGUCAGGGUGUUCCACAAUGUGUGCGGAUACUUCACCACCAUAGGCAGUUGCACUCGUCUGUUAGCCGCCAAGCAGACCUCGGCCACUGUGGAACGCCUCAACAAAACCAUACAAGAAUGCAAAGAAACCCUCGCGAAGUUCGGCAAAUAACACCUAACAGUAAAACCAAUCUCGUCAACUGCAUUUAUUUUACUAUAGUCGAAUAUAUUUUAAGAAAGUUUUACAUGUUUACCAAAAUAUAUUAAUAUUAAUGUUUCAGUAUUUUGGGUCACUAAAUUACCAGUGAAGGUUCGAUCUCUGUCCAAAUUUUGUAUUUUAGGAUAAACAAAAUAGUGAUAGGUAAGUCGUUUCUAAGAAGGUAUGCAUCGCGAACACUGAUUUGUAUAUUGUAUGGAAAUAACGAAAUGUAAAUUCUCCCGUGACGUUCGCAUUUAGAUGAGGUCACAUGCAUGUGUAUCGAGACGCAAAUAAAUUUCCAUGUUACCGCUCGCCGUACUAAUUUAAAAGUCAAUUAUUUUC